AUGCAAGACCCAAGCUGCUCCAUUCUCGAUGAAAGUGAUGAUGAUUCAUUUGAGGAGCUUGAUGUGGACAACACAGAUGAUCAAGUGACUUGUAUCUUUACAGGUGAACCCUUUUCAUCUCCGUUAGCAUAUUACACUGCACUGAAGAACAACCAUGGAUUUGAUAUCUGGCAGAUCGCUCUUUGUGACUUAUCGUUAGACUUUUUCAGUUAUGUAAAAGUAAUCAACUUUUUGAGAAAAAAAAUUUUAAAAUCCCCACCUUCGAGUGAGGAGUUGAGUGCUCAAAAAUCUGAGUGGGUUAUUGACGAUUACCUCAAACCAGUUAUAGAAAAUGAUCCCCUAUUGCGGUUUAUGCUCGACGAUGGAUCGGAUUUUGACAGCGAUGAUGAAAUUGAUUUUACGUCAAAUCUAAAUGCGACAAUAUCAAAUAAUCGUGAUGGCGAUAACAAAAUGUCUGAAAUUCAAAUUCUUCAUGAAAAGCUUAAAAAAAGUGAAAAAGAAAGGGAAAACUUAUCUAUUAAAUUGACAGCAGCAUCGAAUCAAAUUUCGCAAAUGAAAUCUUUCAUGCAGGGAAUUAUACUCACAGGAGACGUGGGUAUAUAUCGUCCUGUUGCAGCGUGUCGUCAAGAUACUUCUGUUUAUGAAGAAGAAGAAUAUGAAGACUCAGGUUAUUUCGGAACAUACUCACAUCAUGAUAUUCAUGCCGAAAUGCUUCAAGAUACUGUCAGAACAAAUUCAUAUAAAGAUGUCAUAUUUAACAACAAAGAGCGUUUUAUGGAUAAAAUUGUAUUAGAUGUUGGCUGCGGAACUGGAAUAUUAUCUAUGUUUGCUGCAAAAGCAGGUGCAAAACACGUUUACGGCAUUGAUAUGUCUGAAAUCGCGUUUCAGGCAAUGGAUAUUGUCAAAGAAAAUAAUCUUGAUGACAGAAUAACGAUACUCAAAGGUCGUGUAGAAGAAGUUGAUCUUCCUGUUUCGAAUGUGGAUAUUAUUAUUUCCGAGUGGAUGGGUUAUUUUUUGUUAUAUGAAUCUAUGCUUGAUUCUGUGCUUUAUGCUAGGGAUAAAUGGCUUGUUCCAACUGGUGAACUUUUUCCUAACCAUUGUUCAAUAUCUCUUAUAGCCAUUCACGAUGAUAAACUUGUGUCUAGCAAUGUCACUUUUUGGAAAGACGUAUAUGGUUUCAAAAUGUCUUGUCUUCGAAAACAAGUUUUAUCUGAAGCAACAAUUCAAGCGUUAAAUCCUUCUUCUGUCAUGUCCGAACCAUGCGUGGUCCAUAGAAUUAACGUUGGAAAUGUUCAAUCGAAAAAUCUUAAUUAUAAAUCUGAUUUUUCUUUGAAAAUAAUAAAAUCUGGAUCAUUUUCUGCUAUUGCUGGCUAUUUUGACAUCUUCCAAAAUCAUUCGGAUAAAAGCGACCUAAUGUUUUCAACGUCACCUUGUUGUACCCCCACUCACUGGAAACAAGCUGUCUUCUUUCUAGAUGAAAGUAUGAAUGUGUCUGAGGGAGAUAUUAUUCAUGGAAAAAUAGAUUGUCAUAAAAAUGUCAAAGAUCCCCGAUCUCUUGUUAUAUCGUUGGCUGUCAAUGAUAAGACACAAUUAUAUAAGAUUGAAUAAUGAUUACAUAGGAUGGUUUGAUAAUGUUAUGAUAAAAUUAGAGAAUGAAGUCUUUUAUGUUGAGUGCGAAUGAAUUUUAGUAAAAAAAAGGUAUGUUGAAAAUUUUCACCAUACUCAUAGAUCAGUUUUGACACAAUACACAUUUUUACAUUCUCAGACCUACAUGUUUUUGUGGUACCAUGUUUGCUUUCAAUGGCACAAAAGUUUCAUUUCGGUGCGGUCAUAGUCAUAGAGUGUAUUCUGUAUCGCAUCGUGGUUCUAUAUUUUGAGAUUCUCCAAUUAACUCCUAUGAUUAGUUGUGAAUAUUUAAUUUGUUGAAUGUUUU